AUGAAGAUGGCGGAUUCAAUCCCCGCCGUUCAUCGAACCUCACAGGAACCUGUGGAUGAACCUCCUGCGAAGAAACAGAGACUUGAGGAUACGACUUCUAUCGAAGAAGCCCCCAAAGAAGACCGGCGAGAUGAUCUACGAAAGCGGGGCAUCGCGCCAGUCAAACCAGAGUUUCUAGUUACCUUCAAUGGCAAUCAAACGGAGACCAAGGCCUCGAACGAAGAUGAUGACAUGGCCGAAGGAGCCGCUCAUGUGGGAAAGGAGCAAGAUCAGGAUAACAAAAAGCGCAAACCAAAGAAUAGAGGUCAGAAUGUAGGACGCAAAUUUGGAAGAUCGAAAGACGAAAGGGGACUCUGCGCGUCACGUUCUACACAACCGGAAUUCUCUCCAGACCAAUGCCAAUACGGCGACAAGUGCAAGUUCGAACACGACUUGCGUGUCUAUUUGAGCGAGCACAAACGUGAAAACCUACACACCUUUAAUGAUGUUUGUCCUGUCUGGGAAGUCCGCGGAACGUGCUCUUCAGGCUGGAAAUGUCGCUUUGUGCAUUCCCAUAUGACCGAAAGGGAUACACCGGAUGGCAAACGUGAGCUAGUCCUCGUGGAAGAUGAAGAGCGCAAAAAGCAGUGGACUGCGAAACCCUUUUCGAACGACGAUGGAAUGGCAAAUGUUGUUCCCAUUGUGCACAAGGAUACUCUGAGAAGAAGAAAGUACCCCAUGCCCAAGGCCGAAGCUUACAUCGCUUGGUUUGAUCAGACUACAAAAGAGUUGGACAAGUUCGUCCAUGGAAAGAGGGCCAACGAGACGGAAGGCGCAGAGUCAGAAGCUCGGCAGGAGAAAGAGGAUAACAGGGCCCAAUACACUGAGCCUCCAUUCCUGCCUUCGGAAAAGAGAAGAGUUUAUUUUGGUGCAGAGACACCUGUCUUGGCACCUUUGACUACUCAAGGAAAUACUCCGUUUCGUAGACUUUGUAUGGACCUGGGCGCACAGUUUACAUACUCCGAGAUGGCGAUGGGUAUGCCGUUGGUUCAGGGACAUAAACCGGAAUGGGCUCUUUUAAAAGCUCAUGAGUCAGAACUUGCGCCACCAACCAUCUCAAGUAAAGCGAAUAUUGUGCAGGGCUACGACAACUCUCGUGAUUUCAAGUUCGGCGCUCAAAUCGCAGCCAACAAGCCGCAUGUAGCCCUGAAAACAGUGGAGAUUUUGGCGGCUCUCACCCCACAUCUCCGAGUGAUUGAUCUCAAUUGUGGAUGUCCCAUUGACUUGGUUUUCAAAGAGGGAUCUGGAUCUGCUCUUCUCGACUCUCCUUCUAAACUGGAGAAGAUUCUUCGUGGUAUGAAUGCCGUAUCCGGAGAGAUACCCAUCACGGUCAAGAUCCGUAUGGGUACUAAGGAUAACCAACCCACUGCACUCAAACUUGCCGAACGACUUGUCUUGGGUGGUAUUGAUUCUCAAACAAUGGGCAUUGGACCUCCAGGCAUUGCUGCAAUCACUCUUCAUGGUCGCAGCAGACAACAACGCUACACCAAAAAUGCAGAUUGGGGGUAUAUCUCUGAAUGUGCAGCACUCGUUAAGAGACUGCGUUCAGAAUCGGACGUAUUGGCAGAUACCGUGCGAGAGCCAGAUGAGAGACUGCAGCCUAAUGGAGGCAAAAUCUACUUCCUCGGAAACGGCGAUUGUUACUCGCACGAAGACUACAACGAUCACGUUCAGAAUGCCAACGUCGAUACGGUCAUGAUCGGACGUGGCGCGUUGAUCAAGCCAUGGUUAUUCGAAGAAAUCCAAACAGGACAGUACCUCGAUAAAUCAGCAUCAGAACGAUUAGCCUUGGUUGAGAAAUUCGCCCGAUACGGAAUGGAUGCUUGGGGCUCUGACGAGCAUGGCCUGGGAAUGACUCGACGAUUCCUUUUGGAAUGGCUCAGCUUUGCUUAUCGUUAUGUCCCCGUUGGAAUGCUGGAAUAUCUUCCUCCACGAAUCCAGGAUCGACCUCCAGCAUUCAGAGGCCGGAACGAGCUGGAGACGUUGCUUGCUAGCGACAAUUACAAAGAUUGGAUUAAGAUCACGGAUAUGUUCCUCGGACCAGCUCAUCCAGACUUCAAGUUUGAGCCCAAACAUAAGAGUAACGCAUAUGAUGCGGAGACUCAGGGAUAG